AUGAAGCUCACAGGUCUCCUGCUCGCUCUCGCCCACCUCCACGGCGUUCUCGGUCUCUGGCCUUUGCCCCGCUCUCUGCAGACCGGAAGUUCUGCGUUGAAGCUCGCGUCGAAUUUCGACAUCCAUGUGAACGUCGCGCACGCCCCUUCCGAUCUUGAGGGCGCCGUAUCACGGACCAAGGCGUUCCUCAAAAACGACAAGCUAGGCCGACUUGUGGUCGGCCGCGGUACUUUGGACAACAACGCGGUUCAGCGUGCGGGAUCCUUACGGACUCUCGAGCUGUCUCUCGCGCCCGGGUCUCCUGUACGAAGCAUCACAGAUGAGGCAAGGCUCGCGAUAGGCACACGGAGCGAGGAGUACACCCUCCACAUCCCAGCAGACGGAUCUACUGCUACUCUCACCGCCAACUCAACUCUGGGGCUUCUUCGGGGCCUUACAACCUUCGAACAGCUCUGGUACGAGUCGUCGGGGCAGGUGUACACCAUGGAAGCGCCAGUUUCCAUCUCGGACUCCCCGGCAUAUCCAUUCCGUGGCUUCAUGCUCGACACUUCGCGCAACUUCUUCCCUGUCUCAGACAUCCAGCGCACGCUCGACGCUAUGAGCUGGGUCAAGAUGAGCCAGUUCCAUUGGCACGUUACGGAUAGCCAGAGCUUCCCGCUCGAGGUACCCGGGUUCACCGAGCUUGCAAGCAAAGGAGCGUACGACGCCUCGAUGGUCUAUAGCCCGGGGGACGUACAGGACAUCGUCGCGUACGCCGGUGCUCGUGGGAUCGAUGUUAUGGUCGAAAUCGACACUCCAGGCCAUACCGCCAUCAUUUCGGCCGCGCAUCCAGAACAUAUAGCCUGCGCUGAGGCAUCCCCGUGGACUACAUUCGCGAAUGAACCACCUGCGGGCCAACUACGCCUGGCUUCGCCCGCAACGACGAACUUCACGGCCGACCUGCUCGCAUCGGUCGCGCGGAUGUUCUCAUCGUCGCUCAUGAGCACUGGCGGCGACGAGUUGAACACGGAAUGUUAUGUUCAAGACGCGCAGACGCAAGCCGAUCUGAAGGCGAGCGGGCGAACGCUUGAGCAAGCGUUGGACGUGUUUACACAAACCACGCAUGCCGCGAUUCGAGCUGAAGGCAAAACUCCUGCGGUCUGGGAGGAAAUGGUGCUGGAGCACAACGUGACGCUUGGGAAUGAUACUGUUGUGAUGGUAUGGAUCUCGUCCGCAAACGCCGCCGCGGUUGCAGCCAAGAACUUCCGCAUUGUGCACGGCCCGUCUGAUUUCUUUUACCUGGACUGUGGUGCUGGGGAGUGGAUCGGAGACGACGUGGCUAACAGCUGGUGCGACCCGUUCAAGACCUGGCAGAAGUCGUACACAUUCGACCCCCAGGCCAACAUUUCCGCAUCCCAAGCACACCUCGUACUUGGCGGUGAACAGCUCCUGUGGACCGAACAAUCCGGUCCCGAAAACCUGGACUCCAUUGUCUGGCCGCGAGCCGCAAGCUCUGCAGAGGUCUUCUGGAGCGGUCCUGGCGGCAACUCGACGACGGCGCUGCCGCGCCUACACGACCUCGCUUUCCGCAUGCGACAGAGAGGCGUCAAGGCCAUACCGCUCCAGCCGCUCUGGUGCGCGCUGAGGAACGGGCAGUGCAACAUCAACUCGUGA